CGCUUGUGCUGACUGAGAGGCGGGCAGGGCGGGAUGGGCUCCCCCUGGCACCAGGCGGCCCGGCGGCUGUACGACUGUCUGCUGCAAGUAUAUAAUGAAGGUAUCCCCAAAGACCCAUUUCCCUUUGAGGCUGAUGUCCAAGUACAUUUGAUUGGCGAGGGUUGCAGAAGUCCCUUAGAAAGUUUUUGGAAUGGAAACAGUAUGAUAUUCAUUAUGCAGAAAGCAGGACAUGUUGAACUAACUGACCAAAUAGAAGAAUCACAAAUAGAUGAUGCCACUUAUAUUUCAGAGUUUACACCACAGAAGGGUUCUGGACCAGUUGCUCUAUCUGUUACAAGAGGAAAGCAACUGAUUUCACUCUAUACAAUGGCACAAAAUCCAAACAUGACCCAUUUGAAGAUAAGCAAACCAGUUGUGCUUCCUCCCCUGUGGAUAAGAUGUGACCGCUCUGACCCUGAACAUACCUGUUGGCUAGGCGCUGAGCCUCUCAAAAAUGGGAACAAAAUCACAGGGAUCAGUUUCCAUAUAGUUACAUGUAAUGGUCCUACAGCUGAUAAAACCUGUUUUGCAAAUCUAGAAGACCUCAAAAAAGCACACAAAAUCAGACAUCGCUCAUCUAUUGUGACAACCAAAGGCUUUGCUCAAUAUGAGCUCAUUCGAGCCACUACAUUGGAGGAUACAGUGGUUGAAUCAGAGAGUAAUAUAUAUGUUGAUAUUACUUGGAAUAUUGUGGAUACGAUUCUGCAGACACCUCCACUCACUGCAGCGGCGACAUUGAACAUUAGAUUGGAAUCUGGGGACCCCAGGAGUCCUGUGUUCCAGUUACAUAGAGAAUUGCAGUUUCUCCUUGUUUUGGCUGAAGGCUUGAAGACUGGCGUGACUGAAUGGCCUGAGCCUUUGGUAGCUGAAUCAGCGGUUGAGCUCGUCAAGGAACUUCUGAAUGAUUUAAAGAAUAAACUGGAUGGAUUUAAUACAUCAGUACAUAAAAAUGAUGCAGAGAAAGUCCAGUGUGACUCAGCUGCAGUGGACAGCUCAAUAAAAUCACUUUUUAGUGAGCGAGGAGACCUGGAUUUUCCUGAACAGUUGUGGUGCAAAAUGAGAAGGAGUGUCGCUUCCUAUCAAGACUUGGUAGAGUGUUUCACACUGAUCAUAAAAUCCCUAGAACAUGGUGAGAUACAGCCUUGGAUUCAUCAAGAGAGUAGCAGUUUACUAAGCAAAUUGAUUCAACAAUCCUAUCAUGGAGCUAUGGAGGCUAUUUCCCUCAGUGGUGUCACUCCAAUUCAAAUGCUUCUGGAGAUUGGUCUGGACAAAAUGAAGAAAGAUUAUGUCAGUUGUUUCAUAGGCCAAGAACUUGCAACAUUAACCUAUCUGGACUACUUCAUAUCCACAUCAGUAGAGCUACAGGAGCAGGUUCAUCGCAUUCAAAAACUUCAUCAUAUGCUGGAAAUAUUGGUCAGCUGCACAGUCUUUCUUCAUUUCAAACAUGAGAACCUCUUCCCUUUGAUGCAGUCCUGCAUAAAAUAUUACAAAGAAAAUCCUCUGAAUGAGAAGCAUGUGUUUCAGCUACCAAUCAGACCAGCUGUUGUCAAUAAGUUCUAUCAAAAUGAUCAUGCACAAAUAUGGAGGGUGGAAAUAAAUAGUGGACAUGGUCAGAAGGAGGUUAAAACAGUAUGGCAGCUUAGUACUAAUCCUCCUGUUGAACAUAUGGCUUCGAACAACCUAGAAGUACUUUGUGAUACAACAGUUAAUGGAAACACUGAAGAAAGUAUGUAUUUUAUUACCAUGGCUAACUGCAGUCAGGUGCAUUUUGCGUAAAAGAUUGCUGUUGUACAGAUAGACGCUUAGAAGGUACAGUAAAUGUAAAAUAUUGUCAGCAUAUCUGCUUCCCCAAGUAUAUCUAAAUAUAUUUUAUGGUUGGAAGAAUGAUACCCUAUAUUUGGUAGUUAUUUGCUGUUGUGUGUUGAAGUUAGAAUCUGCAUAGACCUAUAAUUCAACAGUAUGUGUACAGUUUGUUUAAAUACUUUGUAACAUGCAGUUAUUUUUAAAAAAUAUAUAAAAUGUAAUUGCUUUAAAAACUAAUUUUGAUAGUUUAUAAAUUAUGAAUAUUUUACUUGUUUACAUUGUUUUAAUUUUAUUUUUAUUGUUUAUUGUACAAUGUAGUUGACCAAGAGCAAACAGCGUUAUAAAAUCUUUGCUGGUGUCGCAUGAUGUUACAUCAGUAAGACCUAUUUGGAGAGAUGCUCUUCCAGUGCCAUAUACAUUUUGUAAAAGAACUUCAGUUUUCUCUAGUCUGAUAUUUAUAUUUUGGAGUUUUUCUUCUCAUCUAGCCCAAAUUCAGCCUUCCUUCAAAUGCAAAUAAUUGAUUUUAAUCACUUUUUUUCAUUUGUACUUUUGAGUUAUUUUCAUAAAGAAUAUUUAUAUAACUAUUAAAACAUGUUGAUUUGAUUAUUUACAGUUAAAUAUAGCCUUUACAUUAGAUUUGGUACUACAUUUUGCUAGGAGGAUGCACAUUUAUCUAAUUAUAUAGCAUAACAUACAUUUGUUCUGUAAUUUGAGGCUAAAACUUUUUUCCAAAUGUCAGUACUUACAGUUUCUGUUGUGCAGAAAAGCAACUGCCAGCAUUCAUUCCUUUGUCGAAAAUGAUAUAGAUGGUACCAUGUUAUUAAUUUUGACCCCAAAAUGUAGUUAAAGAUGUUUUCGCUCUGGUUUUAUAUACCAAAAAAGCAGCCUUUAUAGUUUGAAAAUGGCUCAUUGAAUCAGUGUAUGAGAUUUUUAUUUAUUCAAA